UAUUAACUUUCCUCGCAUACAUACAUAUUGACAUACAUACACAUACAUAUCGACGGUCCUAGCUAUUUAAGUUGGCGUAGGGUAAGCUUUUCUUAGAGAGGAAGGAGCGAUGGACUUUUUGAGCCGGGAUAAGCUCAAGGAGACGAUCGAGCACACGCAGCUCUUCAUCGACGGCCAGUUCGUGGAUUCGGCGUCAGGGAAGAAAUUCGCGGCUUUCGACCCGAGUACUGGAGAAACGAUCGCAGAUGUUGCCGAAGGCGAUGAGCGGGACGUGGAUCUUGCCGUCCAAGCCGCUCGCAAGGCUUUCGAGGAGGGUCCAUGGCCUCGUCUGGCCGGAGCUAAGAGGGGCAAGAUCCUGGCCAAGCUUGCUGACUUGAUGGAGGCCAAGAUCAUGGAUCUUUCCACCUUGGAGACCCUCAACAACGGGAUGCCGCUACAGGCGACCAUGUUCAUGACGAAUGCAGCCAUCGACGUUCUACGAUACUACGGAGGCUGGGCCGAUAAGAUCGCGGGAAAGACUCUCAAAGGUGACGGGGAUGUGCACGCCUACACGCUGUACGAGCCGAUCGGCGUUGUGGGAGCUAUCGUUCCCUGGAACUUCCCAGUAUAUCUUCUUGUGUGUAAGAUUGCUCCAGCUCUCGUCUGCGGCAACACUAUGGUUGUGAAACCUUCGGAACAAGCACCUCUUACUGCGCUGUGGAUUGCGAAACUUGCGCUCGAGGCUGGAGUACCAGCCGGCGUGCUGAAUAUCGUUCCAGGAUUCGGUCCCACAGCGGGAGCCGCGAUUGCACGACACAUGGACAUCGAUAAGUUGACCUUUACCGGAUCGACCAACGUCGGAAGGCUUGUGAUGAAUGAUGCCGCAAGCAGCAACCUGAAGCAGGUUACGCUGGAGCUGGGUGGGAAGUCACCCUUCAUCAUCUGCGAGGACGCAAACCUGGAGGUUGCUGCCUUCUUUUCACAUCUGGCCAUAUUCUUCCACCAGGGACAAGUUUGUCUCGCGGGGUCCAGAGUGUUCGUCCACGAGAGCGUGUACGAUGCCUUCGUUGAAAAGGCAGUGGCGAUGGCCAAGCGGCGAGUUAUUGGUGAUCCGUUGAAGAUCGAAGUCGAGCAUGGCCCCCAGAUCAACCAAGCUCAGGCUGACAAGAUCUUGAGCUACAUCGAAAGCGCUCACGCUGAAGGAGCUCGUCUCGUGACUGGAGGAAAGCGUAUUGGUGACAAGGGAUUUUACAUCGAGCCGACCAUUUUUGCUGACGUUACGCAAUCUAUGACGAUAGCGAAAGAGGAAAUCUUCGGCCCUGUCCUCUCUGUGCUCAAGUUCAAGACCCUGGACGAGGCUGUCAAGCUCGCCAACAGCACGAGCUAUGGCCUGGCAGCGGCAAUCUUCGCGAAGGACAUCGACACGGUGAACUUCCUGUCGAGGUCGAUCAAGUCGGGGAUUGUCUUCGUCAACUCGUACUUCAGUGCUGGACCGGGAAUCCCAUUCGGAGGCUACAAGAUGAGCGGAAUCGGCCGGGAGAAUGGAUACGAGGGCCUCCUGCCAUAUCUCCAGACCAAGUCCGUGGUCAUGCCACUGGCAAACUCGCCAUGGCUUUGAGAGGGAACUCUCAACUCAGAGCCGCUUAACAAAGCCUUCAGGCCUUUUUUUCUUCCAUACCAUGUGACCUCUUGCUUUCGACAUUAAUAAACCACCACAGACUCUCGAGCGAGCUUUCUA